UCAAAAUUUUGUCCCAAAUUUAUUGGCCAUUGUUCACCUAAGGCAGGAUCCAUAAAUCAAUCCAUCACUGACCCGAAGAUAGGAUGGUUACAAGAACAACAUAAAUGCUACAUAAAACCAAAUUCCAAUCUUUGUAAUCCACAUUUGUUAGUCCAAUCACAUGAAGAUGGGUUAUACCGGUUAACAAUAGUUGUGUCAACAGAGGGAUAUGGAGAAGUGCUAGAAGAAAUUGAUAUUAAUCAUAACGUUAUUUAUUUAGGAGUUGCGGAUUAUUUUUCAAGAUCAUUACAGAAGUCACAUCGUAAUUAUACGGUAUCUGGUUUAGAAUUACAAGCAAUUACAGGUGCUCUGCGGUAUGUCAGAUAUAUUCUAUAUGAAUGA